AUGACUUCGACUGCCCAAACCAGAAGGAAGCCAAAUUCCCUCGCCUUCGCCCAGACUGAUUGCCACACUUGCGCCGCUAGCGGCGUGCAGUGUGAUCGGCAGCGUCCUCAAUGUACGACCUGCCUGAACCAGGGUCGCAAAUGCGGAGGCUUCGCCACCCCCCUGUCAUGGGAUGACCGACGGACUUAUCGCGCAGGCGUCAGACCGGCCACUAGCGAGGCGGAACAGGCUAAUACAGGGAUGCGAGGCGAACGAGCUCCGAGGUCGAGACAAACUAGGCCGUUCCGUUUUGUGCUCGGGGGAAAGAGGGAGCGAAAGCGCCGCAGGGUCGAUCAGCUGCCGGAUGAGGCGUGUUUGCAGGUCUUCGACGGAUCGACCGGGAGGAUUGAGUCGGCGAUUGGGGAAGGCGCUGACGCUGACGGGACGGGAUUCGAGUGUGCUGCAGGUUCUGUGGCACUUGAGACUCCAGACAGGUCGUUUGACUUUCCGAAUCUUGUUCCGGGAGCUGGGGAUCCGGGGCUGUCUGUUGCGCAGCAGGACUAUCUACAAUCGCUGCUUCAGGUUGACACGUCGACGCCAGAUCUGAACGGCAUGACAUUGAUGGAACGGUCAAAUGAGACGAGCGGGGUCUCGGUCUUGGAGGAUAUCUUUGAAGAUGGUCUGCAGUUUUUGAACGCAGACAAUGCGCCGCUGGACGGCGUGGUAUCCACAUUUCGCGCACCGAUCAUGGAAUCAAGUGGAGGGGGACUUGGGGGCGGGCAGGUUGGCAACGAGCACGACGCGCUAUUGCAGCUGUAUGAUACGGAAUUCUGCAUUCUGCCCUUGACGUCUGAUACUGCGUUGAACCCAUUCCGCUACCGAAAGCCUCUCCCUCAAGGAUCCAAGUUGCUAUUUCAUUCCAUUCUCGCAUUAUGCUGUCGACACAUAAGCCAGAUUACAGGGACAUGGUCGUCUGAGGAGCGCGAGCAUCGAAGCCAGGCCAUGAAGCUAUUGGAGUACACGCUUCGAAAUGAUCAACUAACGAGGGAAGGACUGACAUUGCUGGAUCCGAUUCUAAUUCUAUUUACGCUCGACUGUACUAUCUCUGCCUCUGGUCAAUGGUCCACACAUCUGACUCGCGUAUUCUCGAUCCUCGAAUCCUGUGGCGGAGUAUCAGCUCUCAACAACGCGCGCAUCAGAGCACAGGUUGCCAUGGUUGUGUGGUGGGAUAUCACUCUAGCCCUGGUAUCCCGACAUGGAACCGUCUUCCCAGAAGCCUAUCUUAAGCGUCUUACACAAGCAGAAAAGCACGACAAAUGGUCCUUCUACGACCUAACCGGCUGUCCCAGCGACCUAGUCGUCAACAUGUUCCAGCUUGCACAGCUCGCACACCAAAGCGAGAUCGCAUCAUCCAUGACAUGGCUGAGCUUCGACCUGGCACCGGUCAUUCAGAUCCACUCACACUUGAAAAACGGAAAGUCAUUCUCGUCGUCAUUCCCCACACCGGACCCUCCCAAUUCCACAACCGCCGCCGCAGCCAGCAGCAAGGAACCGGGCAAUUCAGCCGAGAACACCGAGGAGGAAUCUGAGGAAUCUUUCCACGCACAGGAAGACCAGCACCAUUGCAUUGAAGCCUGGCGACAUGCUCUGCUGCUCUACAUCGAGCGCAUAUUCAAAUGGGACCGAUCCUCGGAGCGCCGACCAGCUGCCAUUCCACGUCUGCUGCGGAUCACUCUGGAUCAUGUGCGAUGUUGUCGACGAACGUCCCAAACGCAGAAACAGUUGCUACUCCCCGUGUUCCUGGCGGGUAGCGAAACGGGGGAUGAGGAGAUGCAGCAAGUAGUUAGAGAGUACUGUCAAUGGUGGGGCGAGCGAAGUAGAUAUAACAUGUUCCAUUCGGUGCCUACUUUAUUGGAGGAUGUCUGGGGAGGGAAUAAAUGGUGGGGGGCGGUGGUGGAUGAGAAGACUAGAGCUGCGGGCAACGGGGCGAAGGUGCAGUUUUUAUUUGGGUAG